AAAAAUCAGCACUCAUAGUCAGCAGCACACAGUGUCAAAACAGUCAAAACCUCUCUCUCUCCUCUUUCAUGGCCGAAAUUUCUCACUUUCACUUCUCUCUCUAUGCUUCUGCCUCAUGCUCCUCAGCCAUGGCUAGAACCCUAGCCGCUACUCCACGUCAGCUGCCGUUAACUCUGUCUUUCCCUGCAUCUUCAUCUGUUAAAUUUAACGGAAGAGUUUCAAGCUCAAUUUCAUGCUCCCUUCCUCUAGCUACAUCGACUUCUCGUGCCUGUACGCUCAAAUGCUCUGCCUCGGCGUCUCAAUCAUAUGCCUAUCAAUCAGAAAAAUUUCUAGAAGCUUCCAAGAAGGGAAAUUUAAUUCCUUUAUACCAUUGCAUAUUAUGUGAUCACCUCACUCCAGUGCUUGCUUAUCGCUGUCUGGUUAAGGAAGAUGAUAGAGAUGCUCCAAGCUUUUUAUUUGAGUCAGUGGAGCCUGGUUUGGAUGCUUCCACUAUUGGGCGAUAUAGUGUUAUAGGAGCUCAACCGAGUAUAGAGAUUGUGGCUAAAGAGAACAUGGUUACAAUUAUGAACCAUUAUGAAGGACAGAGGACAGAGAUGAUUGUGGAUGACCCGAUGGAAGUUCCUAGGAGAAUGAUGGAGGAUUGGACUCCCCAACUUGUUGACGAUCUUCCAGAAGUCUUUAGUGGGGGGUGGGUUGGUUAUUUCUCAUAUGACACAGUGCGGUAUGUGGAGAAGAAAAAACUGCCUUUCUCCAUUGCCCCACCAGAUGACAGAAAUCUCCCUGAUGUCCACCUUGGCCUUUAUGAGGACGUUAUGAUAUUUGAUCAUUUGGAGAAGAAAGCAUAUGUUAUUCACUGGGUGCGAUUAGAACAAUAUACCACCGUUGAGGAGGCCUUCGAUGACGGAAUGAACCGGUUGGAAAAUUUAUUAUCUAGAGUGCAUAAUACGGCUACACCUAGGCUAGCUGCAGGUUCAAUAGAGUUGUCAACUCGUCUCUUUGGCCCUAAAUUAGAGAUGUCGAGCAUGACAAGUGAAGAAUACAAGGCAGCAGUUUUGCAUGCCAAAGAGCAUAUCCUGGCUGGCGAUAUUUUUCAGAUUGUAUUGAGUCAGCGUUUUGAACGUCGUACUUUUGCAGACCCAUUUGAAAUAUAUCGAGCUCUGAGAAUUGUUAAUCCAAGUCCAUAUAUGGCUUAUUUACAGGUAUUCUUACUCUCCAUUAAACCUAUUUGUUUGAAGAGUUUAGUCAAUUAUAACUUUCUGAGCAUUUGGUUAUAUGAUCCUCGUCAUCAGGCUAGAGGGUGUAUACUUGUUGCUUCUAGUCCAGAAAUUCUCACACGUGUGAAGAAGAAUAAAAUUAUAAACCGACCCCUUGCCGGGACUGUGAGGAGAGGAAAGACACCUAAAGAAGAUAAAAUGUUGGAGAAGGAACUUUUGAACGAUGAAAAACAAUGUGCAGAACACAUUAUGCUAGUUGACUUGGGAAGGAACGAUGUGGGAAAGGUCUCCAAAGCUGGUUCUGUGAAAGUUGAAAGGCUGAUGGAUAUUGAGCGAUAUUCUCAUGUCAUGCACAUCAGCUCAACGGUCACUGGAGAGUUGCUUGAUCAUUUAACUACGUGGGAUGCAUUGCGUGCUGCACUACCUGUUGGCACUGUUAGUGGGGCACCAAAGGUAAAAGCGAUGGAGUUGAUUGAUCAGCUAGAAACGACAAGGCGAGGGCCGUAUAGUGGUGGAUUUGGAGGAAUUUCAUUUUCUGGUGACAUGGAUGUUGCACUAGCACUCAGAACUAUUGUAUUUCCUACUAGCACCCGUUAUGAUACAAUGUAUUCAUACGAUGAUCUAAACAAGCGGCGAGAAUGGGUUGCCCACCUCCAAGCUGGGGCUGGAAUUGUGGCCGAUAGUGAUCCUGCUGAUGAGCAGAGAGAGUGUGAGAACAAAGCUGCAGGCCUCGCUCGUGCCAUUGAUCUUGCAGAAGAAUCAUUUGUCAAGAAAUGAUUAAAUGUCAUGGAGUCUUUUUUGUUGUUGUCGUUGUUUUUUUUUUUUUUUUUUUUUUAUAUAUAUAUAUAUAUAUAU